AUGGAGGAAGGACCAUGCUACGAUGAGCUCGUCGCUCCCCUUUACUCCUACUCCAUCGGUGCCUCCUCCAGAUACAACAUCUUCUACUCGCCCAGCUUUGCCCGGCUGCACAGCACCAGCGGCUGGUCCCCCGAUCCCCGGGACAAGCAGCCCUGGCUCCAGAUCGACCUGAUGCAAAAGCACCGGAUCAACGCGGUGGCCACGCAGGGAACCUUCAACACCUAUGACUGGCUGACACGCUACAUCGUGCUCUACGGAGACCACCCCACCAGCUGGAAACCCUUCUUCCAGCAGGGCAGCAACUGGACGUUCUUUGGGAAUGUGAACGAGAGUGGGGUGGUGCGGCAUGACCUGCACUACCCCAUCCUUGCACGCUACAUCCGCAUCAUCCCAGUGGCAUGGAAUCCACGUGGGAAGAUCGGGCUGCGCCUGGGCCUCUACGGCUGCCCCUACCGAUCCCACGUGCUCUACUUUGAUGGGGAUGAUGCCAUCUCCUACCGUUUCCGGGCUAAGAGGGUCAGCACCUUUGAGGAUGACAUCUCCUUCAACUUCAAAACGCUGGAGCAGGACGGGGUGCUGAUGCAUGGAGAGGGCUCACAGGGUGACUACAUCACGGUGGAGCUCAAACAGGCUCAGCUCCUCCUGCACAUCAGCUUAGGCAGCAGCCCACUGCACGCCAGUGAGGGCCACACAACAGUGGCGGUGGGCAGCCUCCUGGAUGACCAGCACUGGCACUCACUGCACAUUGAGCGCCUCGGCCACUACGUCAACCUGACGCUGGACGGGGAGGUCAAGCGCUUCCGCUGCCGUGGCACCUUCAACCAGCUUGACCUCGAAACUGAGAUCUUCUUUGGGGGGGUGAUUGACCAGGACAAGCAGCACCUCACUUACCGGCAAAACUUCCGGGGCUGCGUGGAGAACAUCAUCUUCAAUGGGGUCAACAUCGCUGAGCUGGCCCGGCACCGGAGACCCAACAUCCGCUUCGAGGGCAGCGUGGGCCACUACUGCCAGGACCAGCUGAACACCCCCAUCACCUUUGCCGGCAUCAACAAUUACGUGCGGGUGCCAGGGAUCCCACGGAGGAACCGCCUGGCCGUCAGCUUCCGCUUCCGCUCCUGGGACACCACUGGGCUCCUGCUCUACACCAACUUCUCUGAUGGCCUGGGCUCUCUUGAGAUGGUGCUGAGUGAGGGGCAGGUCAAUGUCUCCAUUGUCCAGCCCGGCAAGAAGAAGCUGGAGUUUGCCGCAGGGUAUCGCCUGAAUGACGGCUUCUGGCACUCAGUGCACCUGGUGGCACGGGAAGGCUCAGCUGUUGUGACCAUUGAUGAUGAUGAUGGUGCUGAGUUUCGGGUGGCACACCCAUUCCAGCUCCGUACUGGCGGCCAAUACUUCUUUGGAGGCUGCCCCAAGCCAGCCUCAGUCACCGGCUGCAGGUCGAACCAGACAGCCUUCCAUGGCUGCCUGCAGAUGCUGAACGUGGACUUGCAGCCCGUGGAUGUGGAGCUGCUGGUGCAUCAGCGGCUGGCGCAGUACCACAAUGUGUUCUUCAACGUCUGCGGCAUCACAGACAGGUGCACCCCCAACCUGUGUGAGCAUGACAGCCGCUGCAUCCAGUCCUGGGAUGACUUCAUGUGCAUCUGCAACCUGACGGGGUACAAGGGGGAGACCUGUCACAAAUCCCUUUACAAAGAAUCAUGUGAUGCUUACCGGGUCAGCGGGAAAACCUCGGGCAACUACACCAUCGACCCGGAUGGCAGCGGGCCACUCAAACCCUUCAUGGUGUACUGUGACAUCCGAGUGGACCGAGCAUGGACCAUCAUCCAUCACAACCGCCACUACGCCACACGGGUGACGGGCUCCAGUGUGGACCAGCUCUACCUGGGGGCUGUAGAGUACUGGAAUGCCUCCUGGGCUGAGGUCUCAGCACUGGCCAAUGCCUCUGAGUACUGCGAGCAGCGCAUCGAGUUCCACUGCUACAACUCUCGCCUGCUCAACACUCCCUCUGGGCUGCCCUUCAGCUUCUGGAUGGGCCGGAAUGAUGAACGGCACUACUACUGGGGUGGCUCACGGCCGGGCAUCCAGCGCUGUGCCUGCGGGCUGGACAAGAACUGUGCCGACCCCCAGUACUUCUGCAACUGCGAUGCCGACCAUGCACUGUGGAGGACAGACAAAGGUCUGCUGACCUUUGUGGACCACUUGCCUGUCACCCAGGUUGUGGUUGGAGACACCAACCGCACUGGCUCUGAAGCCCAGUUCCUGCUGGGGCCCCUGCGAUGCUACGGAGACCGCAACACCUGGAACACCGUCUCCUUCAACAGGGGUGCAGCCCUGAUCUUCCCCACCUUCCAGGCCAAUCACAGCCUUGACAUCUCCUUCUACUUCAAGACUACUGCCCUAUCUGGAGUCUUCCUGGAGAACCCUGGCACCAGAAACUACAUCCGCAUUGAGCUCAACAGCAAGCUGGACUCUCCCAAAAACCUCUACCUGGGGCGUGUGAUGGAAACCGGUGUGAUUGACCCUGAGAUCCAGCGCUACAACACACCUGGCUUCUCAGGCUGCCUCUCAGGGGUGAAGUUCAACACCCUCGUGCCCCUCAAAACCAUCUUCCACCCCACCAGUGCCCUGCGACCCUACAGCAUUCGGGGGGAGCUGGUGGAGUCAAGCUGUGCCUCAAUGCUCCCCCUUACCACCAUACUCAUCCCUCCUGAGAUGGACCCCUGGUACAUGGGCAUAGAGUUCCCCCAUGUGCAUGAUGACGGCUGGAUUGGGAUCAUCAUUGGGUUUGUGAUCUUCCUGCUUCUGCUGUUGGGGGGGCUGCUGGCACUGCUGUACUUCUACCACCACCGCUACAAGGGCUCCUACCACACCAACGAACCCAAGGCCAUCCAGGACUACGGCAGCGCUACCAAACCAGCGUCGGCACGCAAGGACCAGAACUUGCCCCAGAUCCUGGAGGAGGCGAGAGGGGAAUAGCAGGGGCUGGGGGUGGGACAGGCUCACAGCCCCCACAUCCCCAAGACCUGCCCGGGGAUGAGCGAGCGUCGCGGGACCAAAGGGCCGAGCACACCUGAACUGCCAACAUCCUCCUCUGGACGGCCCAGACCGCACCGACCACCAUCUCCUCCCCGUGGCCACCACCGACCGGCCCCGGAUCACGGCUGUGACCUGCCGAGCCCCAACCCCACUCGCCCUGGGCACGGCGGCAGCCCCCUCGCCGGAGGCAGGCUGCUGCCCCCGCAGCUGCCAAAUCCCGCCUGGCCUCCCGUGGGGAGCCCCGGGCCCGGCCCCCACCCUCCCUGUGGCCGGGGGCACCCGGCUGCUGCCACCCGUUAGCGCUGCCCGCGUAGAUGACCCGCUGCUUUGCUCGCUUCGCCAGCGCCACGCAGAGCCACGAGCACUGGCCCCGCACAGCCGGGGCGCCGAGCAAUACCUUGCGCCGGCGCCGCGCAUGCCGCCGCUGCACCUUGCUGAGAUGCUGCUUUCGUAAGAUCAGGUACAGAUCCUUUCUACCAUUUUUGUUGCUGGAUAUUCUACUACACUCUGGGUUUUUUUAUUCUAUCGGUUUGUAUAAAAAAACCAAACGGAAGCUCCCGCGGGCCCGACGUUCCGCGUGUCAUGGUGCGUGGUCUGUAGUUUGCUACUUCUCUGUACGAAGUGCCAGUCCUGCUGAUAACCUCCAGCCCAGGGAAAGCUCCUGUUCACUCGCUGUGUUGUGGUAAGACGAUGUUACAGAAACGCAUUUAUCUACCCAAAGGCCUGGCUCCACUGGGCACUUUAUUUUUAAAAAUCCUGUUCUGUUGAAUGAGAUGUGAGGAUAAUCAAAUAAAGGCAGAAUGACGGCG